CCAGCGUUCACUGUCGGUAGCGCCACUGAGAGGGUACUGUCGCUAACAGGAAGAUAGAACAUCGGUCGGUGUCAGCGUUAUUCUUUUGUCGAAAAUGGAACGAAAAGUAGCUCGAGAAUUUAGGCACAAGGUGGAGCUGCUCAUUGACAGUGAGGCUGAAAAGGAUUACCUGUAUGAUGUCCUGCGGAUGUAUCACCAGUCCAUGGAGCUGCCCGUGUUGGUGGGGGACCUGAAGCUGGUCAUCAACGAGCCCAGUCGCCUGCCACUGUUUGAUGCCAUCCGACCCCUCAUUCCCCUCAAACACCAGGUGGAGUACGACCUGCUCACCCCCAAGAGGUCACGUAAGCUGAAGGAGGUGCGUCUGGAUCGUACUCAUCCUGAGGGUCUGGGUCUGAGCGUGAGAGGGGGCCUGGAGUUCGGCUGUGGACUCUUCAUCUCACAGAUCGUCAAGGAUGGACAGGCUGGAAACAGUGGCCUGCAGAUGGGAGAUGAGAUUGUCCGCAUCAAUGGAUACGCCAUCUCUUCCUGUAUCCACGAGGAAGUCAUCAACCUCAUCAAGACCAAGAAAAUAGUGUCGCUCAAAGUCCGGCAGGUUGGGAUGAUACCAGUGAAGAGUUCCACAGAGGAGCCUCUGAAGUGGCAGUUCGUGGACCAAUUUGUGUCUGAUUCUGGGGAGAAGAAGAGCAGUGUGGCAGGCCUGGCAUCCAUGGGAGGGAAGGAGAUCAAGGAGAAGAAGGUGUUCCUGAGCCUGGUGGGCACCAAGGGCAUGGGCGUCAGCAUCUCCAGUGGCCCCACACAGAAGCCUGGCAUCUACAUCAGUAACGUCAAAUCUGGAUCCCUCGCUGCUGAAGUAGGACUGCAGAUUGGUGACCAGAUCGUGGAGGUGAACGGGGUGGAAUUCACCAAUCUGGACCACAAAGAGGCUGUAAGAGUUCUGAAGAGUAGCAGGAGUCUAACCAUCACAGUUCUCACCGGCGCAGGCAGUGAGUUGUUUAUGACAGACGAGGAGCGUCUGGCGGUGGAGGCUCGCAGGGAGCUGGACAGACGAGAGUUGAUGCACCAGAAAAGGGUUGCCCUGGAGACUAACAAGAUGGUCAAGGAGCAGCAGGAGAAAGAGAGGCAGAGAAAGAUGGAGAUUUCUCAGAAGACUGCCGAGGAAGAGGAACGCUAUCGGAAGGAGAUGGAGAAGAUCGAGGCUGCGGAGAGGAAGCAUCACAGGGAGUGGGAGGAGGACUGGGCGCCUAGAGAGCAACCCAAAACCAAGAGUCCCUCCCCGGCCCCGCCUGAAAUCAACACCGCACCCCCCAAGUCCAAGAACUCUGACAUUGCAGCAAGCUCUUUUCAGGCUGACGCCGACGAUGAAGAGCAGCAGGAGGAGGAGGAGGAGGAAGAGGGGAGUGAAGGCUUUCAGAAAUACGUGGAAGACUUUGAUCCCCACUCCAUGUUCUCCUCGGAACAGAUAGCUGGGCGAGACGUGAGACUACUGAGAAUCAAAAAGGUUGGACCACUUGAUCUGGCCGUGGAGGGGGGAGUAGACUCCCCUCUGGGAAAGCUAGUGGUAUCUGCCAUUUAUGAUGGAGGCUCGGCAGACAAACAUGGUGGGAUAGUGCCAGGAGAUGAGGUGAUGGCUGUGAAUGGGAAGAUCCUGACAGACUCCUCACUGACAGAAGGACAAAACUCUUUGACCCGUGCCUGGAACAGUGGAGGGGAUUGGAUUGACCUGGUGAUAGCAGUGUCACCUCCAAAAGACUAUGAAGAUGAGGUCCCGAAGUCAACAUCAGUCAGUCCUACUGUGAACAGAAAGGUGUUUGAAGGCAGUGCAUCAGUGUACAGACAAGGCUACCGGCUCCAGUUUUAGCCCUAACCUCUCACCCUGCACACCCCCACCUGACGUUCUUCUGAGAGUCACCUGACCACCUGCCUGCCAAACAAGCCAUACCCACCAACCAGGAACCAUCGUUCUCAUUUCCUCUGACAUUUUACCUAUUUUAUCAUCACAAUCAAAUCCCUGCAUCAAACUGUUGCAAUGCAAUGCUGGUCACUAUUGACGGCAAGUCUGUUUGAACCAGAACCACGCCGUGCUGUGCUACAUGUGAACUGUCUAGAACGUGAAAGAGACUGAUUCAUCCUCUGUUGAGUUCCAUUUAGAUCCCAGUACAGAAACUUUCUGAAGAAGCUAGAGGGUUAUGACAUCACUACGUAACACUCUGAGCCGAUAUUCACGACAUAAGAAGGAAUUCACCUCGGACCACACACACAAAUUGGGGAAAAACAAAACACUUUUUCCAAUUGAACCUCAUUAUAAAAGAGACAACUUCAUCGUCAAUUGUUGUUGUUGUUUUACAUACAUUGAAAAAAUGCCGAAAAGCUGCUGUGUUGCUCAAUGUACCAGGUCAAAAAUCCAGACCUAUGGUUUGUAAUACUUCCACGUAGGGAAAUAGUGCCUGCGAGAAGAGCCCUCUGGAUUUCGGUGUAGGAGAGUGGGAAAUGUAGGGACCCGGUGUCCAAGUAGGCUACACGUAGCUAUGUGUGUAGAGAACAUUUCCUCACAGGUAAGACAUUGUUUAGUAUCGUCCGUUUGUAACUCCACUACUUGUCGCUGUAUAGCCCGUUGGUUUGUGUUGUUGGUCUUGGCCACACGUUGUUUUACCCCAAGGUGUGCGGGGCCUCAACGUUCUACCUAAUAGCGACCAGGACUAUCCCCCUCAGAGACAUAUAUUUUGUAGCCUGGGUACCCGUCUUUUUAGCCAAUGUUCCACUCCUUGUAGCCUACUCCGUACUAUUUGUGAAGUAAAUUGAGUAUAUAGUAUGCCAAUUGCUCAUAGUAUG